UUAUUACUAUUAUUAUUAUUAAUUUUUUGAAGCGAGCCUUAAAAUCAUUUAUUAAUUUUGCAUUUUCCGCUAAUUCCAGUAUUCCACUUGCCCACAUUGAACCAUAGGGUUUAUAGCCAUCGUAUCUAUAUAACUUAUUUUGUACGUAUAUACAUCUCCAUUACCAUUUUAGCAUUUUUACAAAUUUGACAGUAAGAAAAUUUUCAGGCUGCGGAUCCAGCAGACACACGGAGAUUGUUUUUCGUAUUCUUUUUUUCCCUUUUUUUGGCGUCGAAAAGUAGGCAUUCCGCCAAUCAGGAGGUUCAUGGCCAUGUGCAAUGUAUGAUCGUCUCUUCUCACCAUAAACCCUCCGUUAAACCCUACAAACAUUUAUACACAUUUUUAUAUGCAUACAUUUUGUCGAAGAAUACCUACGGACAGAAAAAAAAGCUGAGUGAAAAUUUGUAGAGAAUUCUAAUUCAGUUCAACUUGCUAUCAUCAGAAGGCACUAACAGUAUUAGUCUUUGCGCUCCAAAAUGGCGUUGGCGAGAAUAGCUAGAAAUUGUUGCCAACAAUCAGGAGGUGCCACAGGUAGAUAUGCUAGAGCAAGGGACAUGCUCAGUGAGGAAUCAUCUUCUUUGAGCAAGUCUCAUUCACCUUUCAGUGGGAGCUUCACAGCUUUUCAACAAAAUGUUAAACCACGUAGCAAUCUUCCAUUUUUCUCGAGCAUUGGCAGGUUGCCCGCUGCAACUUUUGGAAGUAGGGGUGUGAGGAUGACCCCUCAAAAUGAAUAUGCUCAUGCACAAACAGCUGUUGAGGAAUCUGAUUCAGAAUAUCAGAAUCUAAAGUAUCCUACCCUUGAAGCAACAAAGCCUGGUGAAAAGCCUCGGGUGGUUGUUAUUGGCAGUGGGUGGGCGGCAUGUAGAUUUCUUAAAGGGCUCGACACCAAAUUAUAUGAUGUUGUUUGUAUAUCACCAAGGAAUCACAUGGUCUUUACACCUUUGCUUGCCUCAACUUGUGUUGGAACCUUAGAAUUCCGUUCAGUAGCAGAGCCUGUUAGUCAGAUACAGACAGCUUUAGCAAAGGAUCCAAAUUCUUAUUUUUUCCUUGCUUCGUGCAAUGGUCUAGACACGGACAAGCGUGAAGUGUUCUGUGAGACAGCAGUUGAUGGUGGAAAACCAUACAAUUUCAAAGUUGCAUAUGACAAACUGGUAAUUGCUUCUGGAGCUGAACCAUUGACCUUCGGCAUCAAGGGAGUCGAAGAACAUGCUUUUUUUCUGCGAGAGGUGUUUCAUGCCCAAGAAAUAAGGAAGAGACUUCUUCUAAACCUGAUGCUCUCUGAAAAUCCAGGCAUGUCAGAGGAAGAAAAGGAGAGGCUACUGCACUGUGUUGUUAUUGGGGGUGGACCUACAGGGGUGGAAUUUAGUGGAGAAUUGAGUGAUUUCAUUAUGAGAGAUGUUCGGCAGAGGUAUGCUCAUGUCAAAAACUACAUAAAAGUGACCCUCAUUGAGGCGAAUGAGAUUCUUUCAUCAUUUGACGUUGGAUUAAGGCAAUAUGCAACAAAGCACUUGACAAAGUGUGGAGUACGCCUUGUGCGUGGUGUCGUCAAAGAGGUCCACCCGAAUAAGAUAGUUCUUAGCGAUGGAAGUGAUGUUCCUUAUGGUCUCCUUGUUUGGUCUACUGGAGUUGGUCCCUCAAAAUUUGUAAAAUCACUAACUCUCCCCAAGGCUCCCGGUGGAAGGAUCGGUAUCGAUGAAUGGCUUCGAGUGGCAUCGGUGGAAGAUGUGUUUGCCAUUGGCGAUUGCGCUGGAUUCGUUGAGGGGGUCGGGAGGCCAGUGCUUCCUGCUCUGGCUCAGGUGGCAGAGAGGCAAGGGAAGUAUCUAGUUGAGUUGUUCAACAGAGUGGGGAAACAGGGAGGUGGCAAAGAUGUUCCUCUAGGUGACCCCUUCGUCUACAAGCAUCUCGGAAGUAUGGCAUCUGUGGGCCGCUACAAAGCCUUGGUCGAUCUCCGCCAGUCCAAGAAUGCAAAGGGUUUAUCACUAGCGGGCUUCAUAAGCUGGUUCAUCUGGCGCUCGGCCUAUCUCACUCGAGUGAUCAGCUGGAGAAACAGAUUUUAUGUUGCUGUCAACUGGGCAACCACAUUUGUUUUCGGCAGAGACAAUUCUAGGAUCUAAUGCUAUACUACAUCUUAUCCUAUCAGGAAUAACUCUUUACCCGAAUGUAAGUUAUAGACAUGCAACUUGAAUUCAUUUAAUGUUCUAUUUCUCUUUA